CCCCUCUUUAGAUAGUCCUCUUACCUAUAGAUUGAGUCUUGGACUAGCAGUUCAAUGAUGACGCUACCCUCCUUAUAUUAGACUUCUUUCUUUCCUGAGGUGUGGUACAGGGCAGAUGAAGAAGGGAGUGAAACAAGGAGCUGGGCUGAAGAAUCCCAAUGAAACGAUGGGGAAUUGUCUCCAAAGAAUAUUCAGAUGGCCAAAGGAUACUCAAGAGGAGCACAGGAUGCCCAGAACUGGAAAUUCAAAACAGAAAAAGUUCAGACAAAAAAUGGAAAGAAGAAAGAAAAAGUUUCACAAGGAGAGGGAAGAAGUUUCACUUUCUUACCGUAAGAAAAAUCAUGAAGGCAAUGCAAAGGAGCCAUUCUAUGCCCUCAUAGUGCACUUACCUCAGCGAAUGCCUUCCACAAACUCCACAGAGAAUGACUAUGAGAAUGUGGGCCCCAAGUACAAGAGACCCAAACCACCGGAUCAUAAGCAUGAGACUGAAUACGCCAUUCUUAAAAUCCCUUCCAACCCGCAGCCUUCCCACAGCUUAGAAGAUGAGGAAUAUGAACUCGUCAUGCCUGUUAUUCAUGACUCUUACCCAUAGCGUUACUCAUCCCACCUCAAUCUGAUGAAUACAGGGAAUCUGAAUAUAUAGAAAUCUCUAAGAAACAGAUAGUAAGGUAGUUACUCAUAGUAACAACAAAAGUAACUGUAACAAUUCAUCGUGUGUAUAGAAUGCUUGGUUACAUGGUUACAAAGAGCUUUCACAUACUUUCUGCUAUUUGAUAUUUGCAGUGACUCUGUGUUAGGGCUGAUCUUGUGAGGUCCAUUUUAUAGAUGAGGUAUCUAAAAUUCAGGGGGACAGCAUGGCAUAAUAAGCUAUGAAUCUGAUAUCAGAAAUAUUUGAGUUCAUAUCCUGCCUCAGGUACUUCUUAGAGGUAAGAUUGGACAAGUCACUUAAACCUUUCUGUUUCUCAGCUUUGUCAGGUAUAAAAUAAGGAGGCUUGCAUUAGAUGUCUUGUAGGGUGCUUCUAGCUCUAUAUCUAUGAUGGAAUGACUGGCCCCCCAAAAGCCAGGACUACUGAUUCCCAAUUCCCAGGUUUAAUGCUUUUUCCACUACAUAAAAUCACAAGGAAGCCUUAUCUGCAAGAUGACAUUUCCAGACAACAGCUUGGAGAUCCAUUUCCCCAGACAUGUAUAGCCCAUUCCAAACCCCUCACUGUCUCAUCCAGUCUUCCUCACUUGAGAAAUAGGUCUUCCUCUACAAGAAAGAGAGAAGUAGGAGAUGGGGCAGGAUCCCAAGGUGAUCAGUUACUUCCUUGGCCAACCUACCAAUAUUGGGGUAGUUUUUUUUUGGGGGGGGUUUGUUUUGUUGCCUGCCUUGCCAUUUUGUGUAUAUGGAAACAGGAACAUUUUCAUUCAGAUUCUUGAAGAUUUAAUCCAUUUGAUGAAUUCUUUCAUCCUCUCCCCCUUCCUCCUCAAAAAUUCCUAACCCAUAAUGUUAGAGCUAGAAGGAUCCUUAGAGAUAAACCUAAUAAUUACUUUUUCAAUUUAUUUUUCAAUUAAGCAUUUAUUUUCCCUUCUUUCCAGUUUCACUUAAUGGAAAAAAGAAAACUGACAAAUAUUUGUAGUUGAGCAAAACAAAUCCCUAAUUGUCAAUAUAUAAGCUUUCAUUUUAGAGAUGAAGAAAUUGAGACCCACGAAGAUAACAUGACAUGCCUAGAGUCACACACUGAUGGAGCUGGAAUUACAACCCUGGUUUCCUGACUCUUGGGGCAGCAAUUUUUAUACCCCAACUAGAAAAUAUCCUAAGAGUGAAAAUUAAAAAUUUAAUUAAUUAAACUUUUUUUUUAAA